AUGACGAAUAGUAGUGGACAACCACGCAGGAGUUCACAUACCUCGCACAAGAGAACUAGUGCUCUCAAAUCGAGUCAACUGUCGAGGAGCAGGUCAAGAAAGAGCUGCCUCUCCUAUAAAUGCCUAAUCGUUGAAGCAUCGCGCGUCAGCGCAUCCUCGAACUCCAUCGACCGCCUCUCGAAACCUUUCAAAUGCCCUGGAUCAGCUACACCAACUAGGGCUUCGGAUAAGCCUGCAAGAAAACGAAGGAAGGUGAAUUACGCCGGGGCCGAUGGAAGUAUCGACGACAAUAGCGUUAAACCAUAUACCAAUGAAGAACGCCUUGCGCUUGCCACUCGGGACGUCAACAGAUUUCCUGUCUUCAAGGCGAAGGACAAAGACGUAGCGUUCAAGCAAAAGUUCAAAGUGCCUUUGAUAAAUAAGUCGACCGGCACGUACGACAGCUCGCGACCCGCCCCAACCCUGGGGAUGAGGCAGGGUGCCUCAUUUGUGGUAAAACCUUUGCAUGACCCAAGUGGAGAGUUUGCGAUUGUCCUCUACGACCCAACCGUUGAUGAUAUCGAUGAGGUCAAGCCCGAGAAACAGGAUAAUGAUGCCAGUGAUAAGAUUCAGAAGCUGGAUGAGCCUAUCGUGCAUAAGAGCUUGGCGGAUAUCCUUGGGCUUAAGAAGAAAGUGGAAAACCGUCCAAAAGUCCCAGUUGUGAUUGAUCCUAGGCUAGCAAAGGUCUUACGUCCGCAUCAAGUCCAGUUCCUCUACCGCUGCACUACUGGAAUGAUUGAUAGAAACGCCCAUGGUUGCAUCAUGGCAGACGGAAUGGGGCUAGGAAAGACUCUUCAAUGCAUUUCUUUAAUGUGGACACUUCUGAAGCAGUCCCCCGAGGCUGGAAAGACAACCAUCCAGAAAUGCAUCAUUGCAUGCCCGUCGAGUUUGGUGGGUAAUUGGGCCAAUGAACUUGGCAAAUGGCUUGGGAAAGAUACUAUCACUCCGUUCGCGGUGGAUGGCAAAGCAUCAAAAACAGAGCUCACAAGCCAGUUGAAACAAUGGGCAAUCUCCUCCGGCCGCUCUAUCGUUAGACCGGUACUCAUUGUUUCCUAUGAAACACUGCGGAUGUAUGUCGAUACUUUGAAGGAUAGCCCGAUUGGGCUGCUCCUCUGUGAUGAAGGUCACAGAUUGAAGAAUAAAGAAAGUUUGACUUGGACAGCACUCAACAGUCUGAAUGUGCAACGCCGAGUGAUUCUGUCUGGGACGCCUAUUCAGAACGACCUUUCAGAAUAUUUUGCACUUCUCAAUUUCGCCAAUCCAGACCUUCUUGGGUCGCAAAACGAAUUUCGAAAGAGAUUUGAGAUACCCAUCCUCAAGGGGCGAGAUGCAGCAGGCACGGAAGAAGACAGGAAGAAAGGCGAUGAACGUCUGGCAGAGCUUUCCAGUAUCGUUAACAAGUUUAUCAUUCGGCGGACAAACGACAUUUUGUCCAAGUACUUGCCAGUCAAGUAUGAACAUGUUGUUUUCUGCAAUCUUUCACAAUUUCAACUGGACUUAUACAAACAUUUCAUCGAUAGUCCCGAGAUCAAAAGUCUUCUCAGGGGCAAAGGCAGUCAGCCUCUGAAAGCGAUCGGAAUACUGAAAAAGCUCUGCAACCAUCCAGACUUACUGAAUCUUUCCACUGAUCUUCCCGGGUGUGAGCACGCAUUCCCUGAUGAUUAUGUCCCUGUGGAAGCAAGGGGUCGAGACAGGGACGUCAGACCUUGGUAUUCUGGGAAAAUGAUGGUGCUUGACCGGAUGCUGGCGCGAAUACGCCAGGAUACAAAUGACAAAAUUGUUCUAAUUAGCAAUUAUACACAAACACUCGAUUUGUUUGAAAAGCUUUGCAGGUCAAGAGCAUAUGGUUGCCUGAGACUGGACGGUACGAUGAACGUUAAGAAACGACAGAAGCUGGUCGACAAGUUCAACGACCCCGACGGCGAAGAGUUUGUAUUCCUUCUCAGCAGCAAAGCCGGUGGGUGUGGUUUGAACUUGAUCGGUGCUAAUCGACUUGUUUUGUUCGAUCCCGAUUGGAACCCGGCAGCAGAUCAGCAGGCACUCGCGCGAGUUUGGCGUGAUGGUCAGAAGAAAGACUGUUUUGUCUACCGCUUCAUUGCAACUGGGUCCAUUGAAGAGAAGAUCUUCCAACGUCAAUCUCACAAACAGUCGCUUUCCUCCUGUGUGGUUGACUCCGCUGAGGAUGUUGAACGACAUUUUUCAUUGGACUCACUACGUGAGCUUUUCCAAUUCAAACCGGGAACUACGAGCGAUACGCAUGAUACUUUCAAAUGCAAAAGAUGCAGAGCCGAUGGGACUCAGUAUAUCAAGGCUCCAGCUAUGCUUUACGGUGACACCAGUUCUUGGAAUCAUUUCGUGAACACGGGCGAGAAGGGGCCGCUCAACCAGAUUCAAGACCUUUUGAUUCGACAAGAGACUCAGGAGCGAGAUGUCUCUGCGGUUUUCCAGUAUAUCAGUCAUUGA